AUGAGAAUCAGGAACUGUCAUUCAUUUGAAUAACUCAAGAAUUAUUAAUCUAUUAAAUUAAGCACUUUUAUUUAAGAUAUUCAUUAAGCAGGUAGAAAUAUCAACACAUCUACAUCUGAAUUCAUCUAACCAAAAUCUUAUUCUAGACCAUGUUUAAAAAAGAUGGAAUAAUAAAAAUUUGUUAAUCAUUUGUAUUAAUCUUAUUAAUACGAAAAAAAAGCAGUUUAAUAAGGACUUCUAACACUUUAACACUUAAAUAAAUAUUUAUAACCAAGAAAGAGUAACUUAUAUUUAUUAAUAUGUUUUAAGGACAUUUUGAUUUGAAAAAGGACAUAAAUUUUCUUAAAAAGACUAAGUUCUAAACUUGCAUUCAAAAAUUAAGAGCUGCUAAUAUUAUAUUAAAUGCAUCAAAAGGUUAACAAUAAAAAUAUGAGAUAAUUUAAGAAACUAUUGAAUGUAAAAAAAAUUAAAAGGAUGAUAUUGAAUUCAUAUAAAAAAUGAAUGAAUGUUAAGUUUAGUAAAGAAUGAAAAAAUUGCUUAAAUUUAAAACUACUCCACUUUUUAUAGAUGUUAAUUAAACAAAUGAAAAUUGA